CGAGUCGUUCAUCUACGGAAUACGUAUUCAUCUCCCUCUCUAGUUACCUUUCACAAAGAAGACAGAAAAAGAGAAUUCUGGGGUAAGAACAACUCUUCCCUCCCUUUCCAUUUCCCACAAUUUCCUACCCGGAAGACUGUCAGCUUGGAGCAAGUUUCAGGCACAAUCACUAUCCCAUAGCUAGCAAUUAUUUGGCCUUCUGCCCCACCAGGCGUUUAAGCCCCUCUUUUGCCCCUUGCGUCUCCAACCUUUAGCCCCGCCAUCAUUCUUUAUCAUUAUUGACAGACAGCCCGGCGCGAAUUCCAGCUUCCCCCCCCCUCGAAACUAAUUCAGACAUACAGAUCCUCGACCAGCAGAGAACCUCCCCUGAUUUCUUCUGUAGACCAAAUUACUAAGAAGAGAAACCAAAACUAGAAAUUCUGACCGCCACUGCACUCUUUUCCUUCUUGCCAUUUGCGAUAGCCCCCCUCCCUCCACCUGUCAACAUGUCCGACCACCAGUACAAAUUCGACGUCACCAUGAGCUGCGGCGGUUGCUCCGGAGCCGUGGAACGAGUCCUCAAGAAGCUUGAGGGGGUCAAGUCCUUCGAUGUGAGCCUGGAAUCGCAAACCGCAACGGUUGUGACCGACGCCUCCGUGUCAUAUGAGACUGUAUUGGCGACGAUCAAGAAGACUGGAAAGACAGUUACCGGGGGGAAUGCGGAUGGGCAGCCCCAGGGUGUUUGAA